AUGUCAGGGAGCAACCAGCAACAGGACCUGGUGCUCAUUAAAGAACUGGAGCUCAUUUUGGAUUCCUGCACCUUGGAGCUCACACCAGUGGAUGAAGUCUGGCCUAACCUGUACAUAGGAAAUGUGGCUGUGGCACAGAAUAGAAAGACAUUACAUAAGCUUGGCAUCACUCAUGUCCUGAAUGCAGCACACUCCAAGCAGGGCAGCAUGGGUGACCAGAGUUUUUAUGGGGACACAUGUGUUUACUUUGGCAUCCCAGCAGAGGAUUCGGACCACUUUGACCUCAGUCAGUACUUCAGACCUGCAGCUGACUUCAUACAGAAAGCCCUGAAGAGCAACGAUGGGAAGGUGCUGGUGCACUGCAUCAUGGGUGUGAGUCGAUCAGCCACUUUGGCCCUGGUGUACUUGAUGUUGCGGCAGCGUCUCUCUCUGAGGGAUGCUAUGAGGCAUGUCGUCCAAAAACGAGCCAUUUACCCCAACCGGAACUUCCUGUCCCUCCUCCUCAAGAUGGAUGAACAGCUGACGCUCAGGCGAAGGUUGUGUCCUCUUCUCUGACAUCUGUCUUUCUCAUUUCUCUCUCUGCUCCUUCAUGACAUUAGCCAUCAGUCAC